AUGAUAUUCGUCGCUCUACUAUUCGAAAGAUGCAGAGAGCAGAAAAGAGAGAUUGAUUUUGCUUUAGCUGACCUAAAUAAAGCCUUUGAUAUGGUCAAUCCGGAGGCUCCAUGUCUUUUGACUGGGAAUUUGUCUGUCUGUCGACCUUUCCGAGGCAAUUUCACGAGGAUAUGCUUGCUAAGGUAUCCGUCGAGGGAUCCUUACCAGAACUGUUUGCAUACAGGAGUUAAAGAGAGCUGUGUACUUGCUCCCGUUCUCUUUAACAUCUAUCUGGUUUCUGUGACUAUUCUCUCUCGGUUACAUAUGGAACCCAGCGACGGAAUACGUAUCCGAUACCGCUUUGAGAGAAGCGUCUUCAAUGCCCGACGUUUCAAUGCUAAGAAUCUACCAUUCCUGCCUAUGAAGUGCAUUAUGCCGACGAUGCUACCAUAUUUUCUCAUGAGGCACCCUCACUACAACAGUCCCUGA